AUGCAAUCUUCAUCUCCACUGCCAGGGACAGCAGGCAAACGUGCCUGUGACUCGUGUAGGCGACGUAAAGUCAAAUGCGAUGCCGAUCCCCCGACUUGCGCAAACUGCCGUAUUUCCAGCAUCGACUGCACCUACAAUGCUCCGCCAAAGCGCCGUGGGCCAAAACCAGGCAGCAUGGCACUGACAUCGGUCCUCUCAAAUGCGUCGACCGACCGUGGUUACAACGUCAAUUCUCCUGGGUCCAGCUUCCACCACCAUGCUUUUCCACCGUCGCCAGACACAUCUCUGUAUUUGCAGCAUUCCGCUUGCGACCACCGGGCCACUCUGGCGGCGCUGGGGCUUCACACCAGCCAGGUGGCGCUCAGGCUACACCAAGAACUUGUGCAGGAGUUAAAGCGCCUUCUAUCCAGCUUCGAAAUCUCCAUAUCGGACACCGUGCAAACAGCUAUCACCCUUGCGUGUCAGUACUUGUUCCCUUCCGCCCCAAUUCUUCAUGAGGGUAGAUUUCGCGCGGACGGUCUGUGGCUUUUCGGAUUAGAUCGUCCAGGCGGGACAAGAAACAAUGAGGAUGCGCGAGGGAAAUGGGCCGAUGUCGUUUGUAACGACAGCGAGCGAUCAUCUCAAGUUCAAGCAAUCAGAGCCUUCUCAUUGAUAGCUGGUCUCUGUGCAGCGGUGGGGCUCGGGAAUCGCAGACCUGGUGUUCCAGACUUCCUCGUCCUUGUCGCGGGAUGUUUUCUAGGCGCAUCAAAGCUAUCCCUGCGCCUUAUCGAGGAACAAGACAUCAACCACCCAAACUCGUCCUCGCUCAUUGUGCGAAUAUUUCAUGCACAAUGCCAUCAGCACGCCACCGGUGAAACAGUCGUUGCAACUUUCCUUGGAGGUCAAGCUCGUCUCCUCGCUCAGGACCUACGUUUGUAUGAUGAAUCAGUCUACUCGAAAUACGAUCCAAUAGAGGCCCAACUUUUGCGAAGCGCAUUUUGGUUGCUAUACACUGCUGAUCAGGCAGCUGCGGCUCUCCAGUCGCGGCCAUUUACAUUGUAUGACUCUUUGUUUGACACCCCCUUGACAGUGAAGCCCGUCGAUGAGAGCACUACGUCGCUUCUGGAUCCCUCUAACCCUCGACACGCGCCCCCAUUUGAGGAGCGCCUGUUGGCAGCGUUUGCGUUUGCUCAUCGCAUGCGCUCAAUGGCCGCUGAGCUGACACUGGGGAUUCGGCUCUUCCCGCGCCGUCAUCUCGAGGGCUGCAAUACAGAGGAAGCUACCUUGCUUCGAGAGGUCGAACUAAGACGCCUGUCAGAGCUCUUUGUCAGCUUUUCCUUCAUCCUCGAUCAGGCUCCUCCUCAUUUGGCAGAUCUUGGUGGCAGUGAUCGUGAAACCGACUUUAUCCGGGGGUACCAAGGCGAGUCAUUCUUGGUUCAGCGCUCGCAAAUCAAUGUGACAUUCCACUGCCUGCGAUUUACAAUUCUCCAUCAGUGUAUAGAGCAUGACCUUGCCUCGAUCAUGGGCUUCAGUACACAGCCCAUGACUCUCGCUGUCAAGAAAAUGGAGAUUGGCCGGGACUUUGUGAAUGCCCUCGAAGACGCACCGUUCUCUGCCCUUCAAGCCUUGGGAGAGCCCAUAGUCGAACAAGUCCGACACGUCGGCAGUAUACUUCUUCAGCUUUCUCAGAGUGUCUCCAGUGAGACCAUCAGAAGUCAUGCGGACCUGUACCUGUCUCGCCUAAUUAAUGUGCUGUCAAGACUCGAUUCGAAGGCAUCAGACGCCCUUGUACAGCAGUCUGUUCCACUUUGA